UGACGGCAUUAGGGUUUCCGACUCUGCUUUUUGUAGGGGAAGGAAGAGGUUUUUGGGAUUUCUCUGGGCAUUCGCAUUCCGAGGAGGGAGAGAGAGAGAGAGAAGGAGAAGAGAAAGGGGAAGCUCCUCCGGAACGAAAAUGACAAAGCGUACAAAGAAGGUUGGAAUUGUUGGCAAAUACGGCACAAGAUAUGGUGCCAGUCUGCGUAAGCAGAUCAAAAAAAUGGAAGUGAGUCAGCAUGCCAAGUAUUUCUGUGACUUCUGUGGCAAGUUUGCAGUGAAGAGGAAAGCAGUGGGCAUCUGGGGAUGCAAGGACUGUGGCAAAGUGAAAGCUGGAGGUGCCUACACAUUAAACACUGCGAGUGCCGUUACCGUUAGGAGUACCAUUCGUCGGUUGAGGGAGCAGAUCGAGGUGUAGACAUUGACCUUCCAUGUACCGAAUUAUGCUCAGAAAUCAGAUGUCCUGCUGCCUAUGAAAGACUUCAGCUUAUUAUUGUCUAGAAAUUGAGAUAGACCUAGUGCCCAUUGUGUUUUUUGUGGACAAGAUCUGCUAUGACAUGGGGUUGCAAGGCCACCCCUUUUUUUUUGCUUUACUGCUUCGCUCAUGUCUUGAACUCCGUUAGCAAUUCAUGUCUUUCUUUUUUUUUGCUUUUA